CUUUCCUCUCCUCUCCCCUCCCCUCCCCUCCCACCCUGCGCGCGCCGGCAGCGAACGGUUCCUCCCUACCGUUUGAACGGUUCGGCUCGGAGGCGAACCUGGGCCGGGCCCGCUGCCCAGUCCUCCUCGUUCGUUCCACCGAUCGCUGAGUGGCGGACGGAGGUUUUGCUCUGGCCGCAGGGGAGGUUCUCUUGGCGACGGCGGUGGCGGAUGGGGUGCAAGGGGUCCAAGCACGCGCUGCAUGGCGGCGGGGGCGGCGCGCUGGAUGCGCGGAAGUGCGCGUCGGGGCUCGUGGCGCGCCACUCCGUCGCGCUCCGGUCGUCCACGCUCGGCACGCUCAGCCUCGACCGCGCCACGGCCGCGGCGGUUUCUUUCGCAGGAGGGGAGGGGGCGGUGGCGGGGGCGACGGCGGCGAGGUCCGGGAAGGAGGGCGCGGCGGGGAGGUGCCGGUCCUUCGCCGGGUGGUUCCCGGCGUCGCCCAAGGUGGAGCCUGGCCAGCCGGUGAAGCGGCAGAGGCUGGCGCCCCCAAGGACGCCCACCAAGACGCCCGCGCGUGCCCCCGAGGAGAUCAACGUGUGGGAGCUCAUGGACGGGCUCGACGACGACGGCGCGGAGGACGAGGAGGAGGAGGAAUACGAUGACUGCGUGGACGGGCAGGUGGAGUCGGCGCCCGGAUCGCCGGAGUUCGACCCCGACGUCCUGUCGGCGUUCCGGGAGGCGCUCGCCGAGCUGUCGCCUCCUCCGCCGGAAGCCGACGACGCGAGCGACGGAGGGGCCGUCGUCAAGAAGGACGAAAUCGAGGUGUUCGACGACGUCGCGAGCGACGGAGGAGCCAUCGUCAAGAAGGAGGAAAUCCAGGUGUUCGACGACGUCGCGAGCGACGGAGGAGCCAUCGUCAAGAAGGAGGAAAUUCAGGUGUUCGCCGGCGUAGUGCGUGCGCGGCUGGACGUGCUCCAGGGAAGGAUCGACAGCAGGUCACAAAAGAAUCCCCCGCCGCCACCGCCCCCGCCGGAGAGCGCGAGGCGGGUGGUCGUCUACCUGACGAGCCUCCGCGGCAUCCGGCAGACGUACGAGGACUGCUGGGCGGCGAGCACGAUCCUGUCCAGCUACGGCGUGCACGUGGACGAGCGGGACCUGUCGAUGCACGCGGGGUACAAGGAGGAGCUGCGCGACGCGCUCGGCGCAGGCGCCCCCGCCGCAGGCACCGGCGUGCUGCCGCAGGUGUUCGUCGACGGCUGGCACCUGGGCGGCGCCGAGGAGGUGCGCCGCAUGCACGAGUCCGGGGAGCUGGCGGAGGCCCUCGAGGCCUGUGAGCCGGGGCCGGGCGCCGCCGGAGGCGGGAAAGAUGGGCCGGGGGGCUUCGCCGCGGAGCCGUGCGGCGGGUGCGGGGGCGCGCGGUUCGUGCCGUGCGACGUCUGCUCCGGCAGCUGCAAGUUGUUCGUCGAGGACGAGGACGGCGCCGGGGCGUUCAGGCGGUGCCCGGACUGCAACGAGAACGGGCUACUGAGAUGUCCAAUCUGUUAAUGGAACCACUCUGUUUUAAUUGCUUGGAUUUUUUGUUGUUGUUAGUGUGCCUUCUCUCUAGCUAAUACCGACGUGUUCAUCCAAAAAAAUGGUACAGAGUUAAACAAAAUGGGAGGAACAGCGCGUCAGAAAAGACUCAACCGGAGGUAGCUUUUUCUUUCCCCCCUCUCGCACGA